AUGCCUCUUUCCACUCAACCAGGCGCCGCAGGAGCGCUAGCCCGGUUCUGGCGUCGCACGUACGCACCCGAUUAUGUUGCCUUGAGCGUGGUGGCAGUCGGCUGGGUUAUGAUUCAGCUGUUCGUUCACCCAUUCCAUCGCAUGUUCUCCCUGGACAAUGUCGCCCUCCAGUACCCAUUUGCGCAGGUGGAGAGAGUAUCUGUGUACCGGAACAUCACUGACAUCCAUCGAGUGUGGUCGGUCAUCUACGCUGGAGUCAUUCCCCUGAUCAUCCUCGUCCUGUGGGGGAUCUUCUUCCGUCCCGAUGCCCAUAAAUUCCAUGUCACCGUCCUGGGUCUGGUGGUCACGCUGGCCGUGGGCUCCUUUAUCACUGAUCUUAUCAAGAACGCCGUGGGACGGCCGCGGCCCGAUCUCAUCGACCGCUGCAAGCCCGGUCGAGGAACGCCGGAUCACGAGCUGGUGACGUACACGGUCUGUACGCAGCCGAACCAACACAUUCUCGACGAAGGGUGGAGGAGCUUUCCGAGCGGACACAGCAGUUUUGCCUUUGGAGGACUGGGGUACUUGGCGAUGUUUUUCGCCGGUCAGAUGCAUGUGUUUCGCCCCCGAGCAGAUCUGGCGCGGUGUCUGCUGGUAUUGGCGCCCCUUCUCGGGGCGUUGAUGAUCGCCAUCUCGCGUUGUGAGGACUAUCGCCACGACGUGUGGGAUGUGACCUGUGGGGGGCUGCUGGGCAUUACGGUGGCCUACAUGUCGUACCGGAGAUAUUACCCGCCGCUGCGGUCGGUGCGAUGCCACGUGCCGUACGACAAAAGCGACGUACCGCUGGUCGACGGCUUCAGCAAGCUGGCCGAUGACGAGGAGCGGCAGGAGUCUCGAAGUCACCGGACGAGUCCGCAGUGGCAGAGCCCUGAGGAGUCGUUUCAGCUGGAAGAGCCGGCGGACCAAGCACGAUGA